AUGAAGAUGGGAGGAACCUGGCUGGCUCUGCCUGUUGGACACUUGCUGGCCCUGGGACACAGGCACUUGUCAACCAAAUGGAGACAAAUGAUGGAUUUCAGGAAGUUCAGGCUGUUUGUUUGCCUGGUAGGGCUCAGCUGUGUAAGCUUCUGUGUCUUUUAUACCUGGACCGAAUUCUGUGUGUUCUGUGAAAACAGCCAAGAUUACAUUUUCCCCAUAGAGACUUUCAGGAGACUUGAAGGAAGCUUCUCACAGCUUCCAGACAUAGACUGCCACAAGAACCCUCCUUUCCUUGUCCUGCUGGUGGCAUCCUCGUGCCACCACGUGGAUGCCAGGAUGGCCAUCCGGCAGACCUGGGGCAAGGAGAGAACAGUCUUUGGGAAGCGCUUGGUGACAUAUUUCCUCCUGGGAAGCACUGUGAAUCCCAGCCAGCAGGCUGACAUUGCUGCUGAAAGCCAAAAGUACAAAGACAUCAUCCAGAAGAACUUUACAGACACCUAUUACAAUUUGACUUUGAAGACCAUGAUGGGGAUUGAAUGGAUUCACAGGUUUUGCUCCCAGUCCAGCUUCGUGAUGAAAACCGACACAGAUGUGUUUGUCAAUGUUUUUUACCUCACUGAGCUGCUUCUAAGGAAAAAGAAGACCACUGGAUUCUUCACAGGCUUUUUAAAGCUGCAUGAGUACCCCAUAAGGAAAAGAGGGAGCAAGUGGUAUGUGAGUAGAGAAGAGUAUCCAGGAAAGACCUACCCACCGUUUUGCUCCGGGACUGGCUAUGUGUUAUCCACCGAUGUUGCUAGUCAGAUCUAUAAUGUUUCUGAGAGUGUAUCAUUCAUUAAACUGGAGGAUGUAUUCAUAGGGCUGUGCCUUGCCAAAUUAAAAAUUCAGCUGGAGGAGCUUCAUUCAGAGCAGACAUUUUUCCCAGAAAGGAUUAAGUUCUCUGUUUCUCGCUUUAAGAGAAUCGUGAUGUGCCAUGAAGUAGAACCAGCUGAGCAGCUGAGCUACUGGAAUCACUUAGUGGCAGAAAAUCAUGGAGGAGUGCUCUAG